AUGAUACAGGAGUUGGACAACUUGGACCUUGAGGAAGAGGUUCCAGUAGAACCAUGGAAUAAAUAUCUGCUUCACCGGCUGAUCUUGGUUGCGAUGCUGCAAGAAAAUGCCAGUGAGGAGGAAAUCACAGACUAUCAUGAACAGCUUUUCCAGAAGAUUUCACGAUACCAUUUGGGGGAAGCAGCCUCUGGGGUCCUUCUCAUCUAUUCCCAGAGCAUACUCCACAUUCUGGAGGCCUCCAGCGGCACCCUCUACCACAUCCUCAUGGAUCUGACCCUCUUUGAACGUCAGGGAGCAGAGGCUUUAUUACGAGAUAUUAAGAUAUUGGUAAUGUCUCAUAACAUCCCUACCAGACUUUUCUCACAGUGGAAUGCCACCAAAGUGGAAGUGCCUGUAACUUUGGAAGAUGUCACCCAGAGCCAGACCAUAGAAGAAGUUAUUACUGAGUGUCUUACACUUAUUCUCAAGCUGGGAGUGUAUCUUGCAACACUCAAGGUGGGCAACAAAGGCCUGGGUGAGUGCCUCCACACUGCUGUGCCGGAGCUGCUGAUCCCAGCGGAAACAAUCCAGUAUUUGUGCAGGAGCCAAGAAUGUUUGAGCCCAGUGGAAUUUCUGAAGAUGUACAACAAUCCUCUGCAGCCACAAAUGGAUGCAGGUACUUUUUUUGCCUGCCCCCAAGGCUAACCAGAGAAUCCACAGCCCAAAAGGAAAGUCUCCCUCCUUGGACAGGCCUCAAGGCAGCCCCUGGUCAACGGGAAGCUUCCACAGGGCUCCACUAGGACCAAGCGAGUCACCAUUUUGCUGGAAAGCUGUAGAUUCUACUUGAAACGGAAGAUGGUUGUAAACAGACUGUAGACAGAUGUAGUGGUUUAUGCUUGGAAAGCUGGUGCUUU